AUGAAAGGAGAACCUGAACAAGAACCUGAACAGGAACCUGAACAAGGACCUGAACAAGAACAAGAACCUGAAGUGGAAGGUGAAAUUGAACUAGAACCUGAACUAGAACCUGAACAAGAACCUGAAGUGGAAGAUAAACUUGAACUAGAACUCGAACUAGAAACUGAACUAGAACCCGAACUUGAACUAGAACCUGAACUAGAACCUGAAAAAAAACCUGAACAAGGAGCUGAACCUGAACAAGAACUUGAAGAAGAACCUGAACAAGAACUUGAACAAGAACUUGAACAAGAACCUGAACAAGAACAAGAACAUGAACAAAAACCUGAACUAGAUCCUGAACUAGAACCUGAACUAGAACCCGAACUAGAAAACUAG